GCCGCUCAAGUCGCGCUGGGUGCUGCAGGACACGAUCCGUGCCAACUGCGCCAUCCACAACCUCUCCUGGAACCUGGACGGCACGCACCUGCUGACCGGCGGCGAUUUCCUCCAGAUGUGGGUCAAAAAGGCGCGCGAGGAGGACCUCGCCGAGGCGCGCCGCGUCAAGUUCGCCGUGGGCGAGGAGCACGAGGACGCGGCCGGUCACGUCUGGGAGUGCUUCUGGCGCGUGCGCACCGCCGAGCCGGUGCACUUCAUGGCAUUCUCGCGCGACGGCUCUCUCUUCGCCACGGCCGGCAGCGCCGACCAGAUCGUCAAGGUCUGGUACGAGAAGAAGCAAGCGCACCCGUCCUACCGGCACGGGGCCAGCUGGGCCGAGUGGGACGGCGUCACGUACGACUUCAUCUACCUGGCGCACCCGCUGCCAGUCACCGGCCUGCAGUGGCGUCACACCAGCAAGUUCAUGCACCGGGGCGCUGUGGCCAACAUGCUGGUGACGUCCUGUCGGGACAGCAUCUGCCGCGUCUGGGUGGAGACGACGCGCGUGCCCGACGACGGCAUGGUGGACAUGGGCUGGCUGUCGGCUACCUCGCACGACUCCAUGUACCUGCCCAGGAAACACAAGCAGCACAAGGUGCUGCACAAGUUCAAACACAUGCGGCAAUGUUUCCACCUGCGGCGACCGCACCGGUCGUCCAGCCAGCCGCCCGACUGGCGCCUGAUCGACUCGCUGUCGUCGAUGAACGGCGACGACGGCGGCGGCGCCCAGCGGGCCGCCAUGCAGACGCUGCACUUCCACCUGGCGGCCAGCAUCAACGCCGAGUCAGAUAUCCCUCUGGUGCCGAGCAUGGGCACCUCUGAGGCGGGCUCGUCCAUGAACUUCAUGGUGCACUGGCUCAACAACAAGGAGAUGACGUACACGGACGAGAUGGAGCGGCUGAUGGCAGAGAUCGACCGGCUGGAGCAGCAGCAGCAGCAGGAGGCGGCGGAGCGAGAAACGUCUCCGCCGGCCGAGGGCUCUGACGACGGCGUGCUUUCCAACUCGCCGGCCAACCUGAGCGCCGUCUCGUCGUCCAACACGCUGGACGCAGCGGCGGCCGGCUACGCCGUCUCCGACGACCUAGAGAGCCGUCUGGCCACGCUGCUGCGCGACUGGGAGCAGGGCGCCGACCUGCUCUUCUCCAUACACCCCGUGGACGGCAGCUUCCUCGUGUGGACGAUCGACUACCUGGACGAGCACCAGCCGUCGUUCCGGCAGGCACAAGUGUCGUUCUCGUCCCGGAUCCCGCAGGCGUUCCCGUUGGGGGACGCCAUGACCAUGUCGACCAAGCUAUGCCUGUUCGCGGCGGCGCCGCCGGCGGCGGCGGCGGUGGUGGCCGAGCCGGCCGAGCCGGAAUCGCCCGGCUGCUGUCCGCCGCCGCCGCCGCCCUUCCCCAGCAUGGCCAUGGUCAGCAAGCACGCCAACGGGUCGCUCAACCUCUGGUCCAUCACGUUCAGCGAGGACUGCAAGUUCAAGACGGUGCUGAACGUGGCGCAUGACCGCCGCGUCUGCGGUCACCGCUUCCGCGUCAACGACAUCACGUGCCACCCGGUGCUGCCGCUGAUGCUGAGCACGUCACACCACAACCCGCAGCCGCGCGCCGGCCAGACGGCCGAGCCGGCCUCGCCCGGCGCCGACACGCAGACGUACACCAGCGAGCUGAUCCUGUGGCGCGUGGACCCGAUCGGCCCGCUCUCGCGCACCGGCGGCGUCACAGAGCUCACCCGCGUCAACGUGCCGGAGAUGUCGGCCUUCUCGCACGUGGCCUGGGUGCCCACCCUGCUGCCCAGCACCACGCUUGGCCCCAUCUGCAACUCGCCCUCCACCUGCUUCGUGGCGUCGGACGGCCGCAACCUGAACCUGUACCAAGCCGUCAUCGACGCGCGUAGCCUGCUGGCUGAGAUCAACAACGCCCAGCGCAAGAUGAAGCGCAUGCAGGGGUCAGGUCUCAGCGAGUCGUCCGACAGCUCGUCCGUGCACGUGCAGCUGAAGACGCAGUCGUCGAUUGCCGACGCGUUCCGGCUUGUCUCGCAGCAGUCCGCGUCGCGGCCCGGCUGCGUCAUCCACAUGGACACCAUCCCGGAUGUGACGCACGACUGGGAGCACACGCAGUUCCUGCACGUGUACCAGGAGCAGCUGAUCAUCGGCCACGCCAGCCGACCCAAGGCGGGCCCGAGCAGCUGGUACCCGGCCGACCCCAGCUUCUCGGCCAUCGUCGAUCUCCACCAGACGGAGACGUUCUCCGAGCCCUUCUACAUCGUGGUGAUCGAGCGCGACACGCUGGGCACCAUGAUACACAUGUGGAGGGUGGUGCUGUCUUCGCAGCCCCUGCAGGGCGACAACGGGCCCGUCGGAUCUCCGGGGGACCAGCCCAGCCCCGUGCUGAAGCCGGUCUCCAUCUCCACCGUCAAGGUGUGCACCCAGCGUCUGCCGCUGCCCGAGGGAGUGGAGGUGACGUGUGCCACGCCGGCGGCCGGCCACCUCAGCUCGGCCUCCAUCUACCCGGCCUGCUUCGCCACCUACCACGUGGUGACGGCCUGCUCGGAUAACACAGUCAGAUUCUGGAAGUGCCGCGUCACCGAGACGACGACGCCGGACGGCUCCGCCUCCAAGACGUACCAGUGGUGCGACUGGGAGAUGAUGAACUCGACCGGGCGCGGCUCGGCGCUAAAGCUGCCCGGCACACCGUUGACAGUCAGCGUGGCGUACAGCGCCCGCGUCUCCUGCGCGUACAAGAUCGGCCGCUCGUUCACGCGCAAGGAGCACGAACGCGGCGCGCGCUUCGUCAACCUGGGCGUGGUCAUCUACGAGUGCGAGUCCAGCGGCGGCUCCGAGUGGGUGAAGGAGGACACGAUCACGCUCCACAACGUGCCGCUGCCGCGCCUCUACACGGCCGCAGACCCCAACAGCUCGCUGCUGGAGGCGUGCGGACACCGCUAUGUGCUGCAGGGCUUCGGCCAGUCGCUGGCUGACGACGGCGACGAGCCGCGCCCACCCAAACCGCCGGCCAUGCGCACUGCGCCCAGCUUCAUCAAUGACAACACGGUCAAGUCGGCCAUCGCCGAGGAGGGUAACAUCCUGAUGAGCGUGACGCACAAGCACCUGGUGCGCAUCGACUGGGUGUCUUCGGAGGACGGCUCGCACAUGCUGACGCUGGGCGUGGGCAGCAAGAUCCUGAUGUUCACCCGAGUCUCCAGCGACAUCACUGUGGCCAACAUGAAGGCGAUGAAGGAGAACCAGCAGACGUCGCGGCCGAUGCUGCAGAAGGCCUCGUCCAUCGCACUCUCCUCGUUCUCGCCCGAUCAGAUCAGGUGGAUGAAGAUCCGACAGAUCAAGCUGGAGUCGGCCGAUGGCUUGCCGCCGAUUCCCAUGCAGAUGAGCUGGGUUCGCGACGGCGUGCUCAUCGUCGGCAUGGACAACGAGAUGCACGUCUACAGCCAGUGGAAGAUGCCGCCGCUGAGCCUGUCGCGCCGCUCUCGUGGGGAGCUGCAGCCGCUGACGGACGACUACGUGGAGUCGCGCAACCUCACCGACCAGCAGCUCUUCACGUACGCCUCGGACUCCAUGAAGAAGCGCAUCAUGUCCGUGUCUUCGCUGGCCAACCUGGACCUGCUGAAGUCGCGGGCGAUGGAGGCGGCGCGGCCGGCCGCCCAAGACUACAUGCCCAACUACGGCCUGUUCGUGGCCAGCAGGAUCGCAUUCCCCGUGCUGCCACAGUACCACCCCAAACAGCUAAUGGAGCUGCUCAACUGUGGCAAGGUCAAGCGUGUCAAGGCCAUCCUGGCGCACAUCGUGCGAUACAUUAGGAGUCUGUCGCGCCAGUCCCGGCUGGAGUCGGCCACCACUGACCCGGACCUGGAUGACCCGGACGUGAUCGAGAAGCUGGCUCGCAGCCGCGGCAUGUCCGUCUCCCUGCAGCCAGGGAGUCCGCUGGAGCGGCAGCAGACUGAGGACAUCCGACCUGACUACGAGGAGAUUGACUCGGUGCCUCCGCUGCCGCUGUGGAUGCUGCUGGCGGCCGACCGCGACCGGCGCGGUGCGUCGUCGGCCCCCGGAAUGGGGCAGGACGAGGAGAUGUACGACGACCUCUUCAAAGUGGACGAGGACGAGGCCACGCUGGAGGACAUCAUCGGGGCCUCUAGGAAGCGGCGCAAGUCGACCACCGCGCCGCAGGCCGAGGGGCUCAGCCACUUUGGACCGCGAGAGUCCCGAAUGCUGACCCAGCUGCUGACGCACUGCCACCUGCCCGACCUGACGUCCAUUGACCAGCUGUACCUGAUGGCGCUGGCUGACACGGUGGCCUCGGUCGACGCCGACCUGGCCGAGCGGUUCGAUGACCUCUCCGACGACAGCGCCGGCGAGCCCAAGAACACCGGGCCCAGUCUGGACUCGGUGGAUGACUGCGGUCUGCGGUUCGUGCUGGCCAUGCGGAACUUCACCUACCUGUCCAAGUGUCUGCCGCCGAAGGAGAAGGCCGAGCUGAACUCGGAGGGUCUGACCUCGUCGUACGUGGUGUGGGGCUUCCACUCGGAGAGCCAGGAGGAGCUGCUGCAGCUGGUGCCGUCGGUGGCGCGCGGCCAGCCGCUCUGGCGCGAGCUGCAGCAGCUGGGCUGCGGCUGGUGGAUCCGGAGCAACACCCGCCUCAAGCAGCUGGUCGAGCAGAUUGCCAAGGCGGCCUACCAGAAGAGCAAGGACCCGAUGGACGCGGCGCUCUACUACUUCGCCAUGCGCAAGCGAACCGUGAUCGCGGCGCUGUACAAGCAGCUGCGCGAUGACAGGCGCUACAAGUUCUUCAGUAAGAACUUCAACUGCCAGGAGGGCCGGACGGCGGCCAAGAAGAACGCGUACCAGUGCCUGGGUAAGCAGAAGUUCGUGUCGGCGGCGGCGCUGUUCCUGCUGGCCGACUCGCUGUCCGACUGCAUCGAGGUGAUCCUGAGCAAGCUGCGCGACCUGCAGCUGGCCAUGCUGGUCUGCCGGCUGUACGACGGCGAGCUGGACACCUGCCCGCCCAGCCUCGGCAAUCUGCUGGACAAGGAGAUCCUGGGCGUGACUGAGGAGGAUGUGGAUCUGACGGGCGCCCACCCGGACCCGUUCCUGCGCUCGAUGGCGUACUGGAUCAAGAAGGACUACUCGUCCAGUCUCAACACGCUGCUGAAGGUCAACGUGGGCACCCUGCACCCGGCCUACCAGGAGGAUGACGCCCAGACCUACUACGGCACCAGUCCGACCGUGUUCAACUUCUACGUCUACCUGCGCACGCACCCGCUGAUCGUGAAGCAGUACAAGGCGCAGGGGGCGAUGAACCGGCGCCGCACGCGCCCCCAGGACGUCGCCGACGACGACCUACAGUUCUUCCACGUGGACGCCAUCACACCGCUGGAGCGGCAGCUGUACUUCAGCACGGCGCAUGCGCACUACCGCGCCGGCUGCCCCACCUUGGCGCUUGAGGUGCUCUCCAAGCUGCCGAACAAAGUGCUGGAGAGCUGUCCGGAGGCCGAGAGUGCCGUGGCCAGUCCGGUGAAGUCGGCUCCGCAGGACCGCCGCAUCGACACGGGCAUCAUCGACUGGGGCCAGCCAGAGUCGGCCUCGAUGGAGCAGCUGUCGCUGCCGCUGGCGGCCGGCGUCGGGCCGGCGCCGCUCGAGUCGCCGCGUGCGCCGUCGCCCGUGCCGCAGUCGCUGGGCCAGGACUUCGACUGGUCGACGCCUGUCAGCGCCCGGCUGGCGCCCGAGCCGUUGGAGCUUAACUGGGACGACGACAGGGGCAGCGACACCAGCACCGACACGGCCGCCGAGACCCAGAUGACGUCCGGCCCGGGCGGUGCCGAGCCCUCCAGCGUCGGCCAGAUGGACAUCAUGGCGCAGCAGCUCAAGUUCAUCGCCUGUCUGCAGCUGAUGAUGGAGGAGCUCUCGAACCUGGCCAGCGGGCUGGGCGUGGACGGCGGCCAGUUGCGCUACCAGCUCUAUCUCUGGCUGGAGCGCCAGGUGGAGGCGCUCAUCGACAUCUGCAACUACGACGGCGGCACCGUCGAUGGUGCGGCGCUGCCCGUGCCAGCCGACGAAGAGCAGCCGUCUCCGCCGCCCUGCUUCCCCGGCGACCGGCGGCCCACGCUGCAUGACGUGCUGCUUACCGACAAAAUGGACUUCGAGACGAAGCUGCAGCGCGCCACGAGGAGAAAGACAUGGCUCAAAGCGAACCAGGCGCUCCUGCGCACCCUGCUGAGCUACUGCAGCCUGCAGGGUGCCGGCGGCGGCGCGCUCGCCUCUGUCCGCAUGGAGCUGAUCCUGCUGCUGCAGGAGUUGCAGCAGGAGUCGAGCCGGCAGCAGCUGCUCAGCCCGCUGCCCUUCCCCACCAUGAUCCCGCUGCUGUCGGCCAGCGUGGCCAACAACAAGACGGUGGUGAUGGACCCGGUGCGCCACCUGCAGUCUACCGCGCACGACCUGCUGCACGUGCUGGCCCAGCAGUGGACGUCGCCGCCGUCGCCGAGCACGGUGGACGAGUCGGCUCUGGCCGUGCUCAAGAACACGGCCGUGGCGCUCUCCUC